AUGCCUCUUGAUCAAUCUCACAGCCCUUCCAAUCAGCCAAAACUUACUCAUUUGACUCGUGAUCGCUCUUCAUCUCUACCGCAAUCCAAUAGUCCUCCAAGACACAAUGUAUUCAAUCCAAACGUCACUUACCCUCAUUUGAGAAAUGUUUCCCUUCCUUACAAUAACCUUCCACGCUAUCCCCCUACCGAAGGAUCCAUCCCUUUAGAACAAGCACAUCUCAAAAGAAAAAACAAGCUACCAUCUCUUCCACUCAAUCGCAAGGCGUCGUUGGGUAAAUCGUCAGGAAUUGGUAAAGAGUAUAUCCCAUCGAGUUCUUCUGGAUUAUCUCGAAACAACGCUGCCAUUGACAUUCCCGAUGCUCGUCCUCCUCUAGCUGCUAGUCUUCCAUCAUCCUCUACUCCCCACCCUUCUCGCACUUUGAAUUACUCUCGCCGAAAAUUUCCCACGAUAGGACAGCGACCUCCACAAGUUGAGCCUUUAAAAAUUGUAAAACGCCGUGCUGGUCACGCAUUAGCAGAUCAGCCUUCUGAAUCCACUUCUUCUCCUUCCAGCUCUGCGAGUUUUCCUAAUCAGAUUGAAGUCCUAUCAGAUUUACCAACCACUUCACCUCCAACCCAAGUUCUGUCAGCGCCACUAGGCAGCUUCCGUAAUAACCCAGAUGAAUACAAUGGUCAAUCUAGUGCAGUUUCUGUUGAAGGAGCCUUUAAACCCAGCGAGACCUCCGGAUACGUCUAUAGACCUUCAGCUGUUGUGCUUACGGAUGAAUACUAUCAUUACCAAAAUACAAACAGAGAACCAUUAAAAAGAUCUACUAGUGUUGCUGGAGUUAGAAAACUCUCUGGAGGGUUUAUCAAAAUCUUCAAAGGCGGUGAAAAUGAAAAAUAA